UACAAUGCCUCGCAUUGAUAGCAGGGAUGAGAGGCAGGCGGUGUGGGGGAUGAUGGAAUGUUUACCUCCUCGGAUGAGGAUUAAGUGGGUUGUAAUGAGACAAUGGUGCCCAGAAUCUCCGAAUUCCCGAGCCUCCGCAGAAUGGUAAAGGAAUUAGCGGAUAUUUAGUGCAAACAAUGCAACCCGAACUUUUAUCAAGACGAGCGGUUUUGGACGAUGACUCGCGGUCUGGAUCAUCUUCGUGCAAUAGUGGAGAUCCGUGGACCGACAUCGAUGAGCACGCAAUUCCUGUGCUCCAGAUGGGAUAUAACCCAGCAUGUCCUAAACAUUCCUCUCACCCCUCGACUCUUCGAUUCCGGUUACUAUCCAGCGAACCAGACAAUCAGUACAACCCCCCUGUUGACUUCCAGCACCUUUGUCGUAUCUUUCAUGAGUACCUCCAAGGUGCCCUUCCAAGAGACAUGGGAGCGCUGGACUACACGCGCGACCUCACAGCUAGCGCCCAUCAAGGAGAAGCUGAGGAACACGGCGACUCAGGUUGCCGGUAUCGCCGACACCUUCCAAGAACUGGAGGAUGACAGUCGACAACUGGCGCUGAAAGUCACCUGGGUGACUCAAGUCAUCCUGGAACGUAUCCCGCCUGAUGGCCCAGCAGACGAGAGGGCGAAAGAGGUGGUUCUGGCGCUUGCUACUAAAGUGUUUGAGAUUGACGCCUUUCUUCGUUCAGGCACAAAGAAGGGUGAUAUGACGGGGAAGAGAGCAAAAAAGGUCAGCAAGUAUCAUAAGAGCCUCGAUACUCUCCGGCUCCAGUGCGUGGAGAUUCAUACCGAUGUAUCUAACAAUGCGAGCGGGCGAUCGCUCGGCCAACAAGGGCCUUCUCUGAUCGAUAUCCCCCCAACGCCGGAGGCAUUUUACGGCAGAGAUGAAGUGGUAGGGUCAAUCGUUCAGCUCCUCCUUCAAGAUAAACCUUGCCGGGUGCCUGUACUUGGCCCAGGAGGAGUUGGAAAGACGUCGGUCGCAGCUGCGGCGAUGAACGAUGAGCAAGUGAAGGAGCGAUACGGAGAGCAUAUCUACUUCCUCAUCUGUGAAGGCAUCGAUUCUGAAGAAGGUCUAGUGAACGCGCUUGCCGUUUUCUUCAAACUCGAACGGGACUCCAACACUAGAACAGCCUUGAUUGCACACCUUUCUUCGCUCGGCCGCGCCCUCCUCACUCUGGAUAAUUUUGAGACGACAACACAGUCGGAUAGGCAGCGUAUUCGUGAACUACUCGGACGAAUCGGUCGCGUGCCCUCACUUUCAUUGAUUAUCACUAUGAGAGGCACGCAGCCUGCCCAGGGCCUCACAUGGGAUACUAUGCCGCCCCUUCAGAAGCUGCCUCUUCACGCCUCCCGCCAAAUCUGGAAGCAGGUUUCAAAUAAGAGCGACGAGAAAUUGGACGAACUGCUUGAGAGACUGGAUGGACUUCCGCUAGCGAUUCAUUUGAUGGCAUUGCAAAGGAUCGACCUGCCUCCCUCCACCCUCCUGGCAGCGUAUGAGCGCGAAGCUUCAAUUUGGUCAAGUCCGACGGAGCUGGACGAUUGGACAGCUUAG